CUGGAUGGAGGGUGUGAUGUGUUGGUGAAGGGUCUGGCUGCCUGCCCUCCCCCAGGCUCCUGGGAGAAGGGGCUGCUGGAGAACAUCUCAUCCAUGCUGUGGGGCUGGUCUGGCCCUGCAUAACCCCAGUCCUUGGGCACUGAGGUCUUCUCUGCUAUGGGUUGAUCCCUAUCAGCUGUGGAGAAGAGGGAUGGGAGGGAGCAGUGUUUGGGAUGUGGCUUUGCCACCAUCUACUUAUACUCGGCAUUAUGGUGUUUAUAAUACCCUGCCGAGCUCCAGGGAUACGUGGGAGGGUUUGGAUGUAGUCUGCUGGUGAACACACCAGCUCUUACCACAGAGUCUUUCCACAUGUGGUGCAUGGCUGCUGCAUGUCCUGGUGUCCCCACUCCCACCCUCAGAGAAGCAGUCUGCCAGAGGCCAGAGCUCCACACUGGGCUGUGCCAGGACUUGUUCUGCAGCCUCCCCGACGCCAGGGUGGUGGUGACCAACUGCAAGUACCUCCCCCUUAAAACCAAGUACUUGGGGUUUUCAAAGGCUCUCUGCACUGUUGAAAGAAUUUAACUAUAAGGCUUCAUGCCAGGUGCAUGAAUAGUCUGUGAACUAUAGGUCUGGAGACAUUCAAAAGAUCCAGCUGGGUUCAGGAAUAGCACAAUUUAUUGAAUGUAACAUAUAUGGUUCUUUUGGAUUGCCCAUGAUAAAUGCCUGAACUGCAGAGUGGCUUUAUAGAGCACUAACAAUACAAUGGCAAUCACAGCUUUAAUUUCCCAGGUUAAGGCUCAGCAUAUCUGAGGACACAAGUCUUACCAAAAGAUGACCCUUUUGGGGCAGGAGAGGAGGACAAAUCUGUCAAUCUGUUCCUGGAAUUUCAAGUAAAAUUCUUGUCUGCCAGUUAGAUAUGGAACUGGGGGGCUUUUACACCUUAUUAACCACUAUAGUGCAAAGUGCUGCCAACUGUGAUCAAAUUUUCCAUUAUUUGUGGGUGUGUUGUACAGAAUAUUUCUUGGUAGGAUGUUUUGGUUUGCCAGAACUUUUCUGGGUAUGAGGCAGAAAAACUAGACCACAUGGCCUCAACUCCACAUUCACCCCCAUGCCAUGGCAACACAAACCACAGGAGCUACAUCCAGUUUCUAUGCUUGCACUGUGAGUCCCAUUGCAUGUCCAGCUUUGCAUUUUCUUCACUGCUUUUUGCUUCCACCUGUACACAGGAUGCCAUGGGGCUGAGCCAGAGCAUUGCACAGCACAGUGGAGUGUCUUUGGGUUUGCAGCACCAGGUCAGAAUGGCCAUGAGGAAGAAUCAGAGGCAAAGAAUUUCCUAUUUUCCUGAAAUCAGUAUUUAAACUUUUUUCUUUUUUCUUUUUUUUUUUUUUUUCUCCUGUGUUAAGAAAAUGAACACGAAACCCAGCCCUUUCACUCUAAUAAAUUUGGAGAGCUCCUGUCAGCUCCCACACCUCUGGCUGCUGAGGUUUGGUGAUGGCAGUGGGGGAGAAGGAGUUAAGUUUGCAUUAAAUAGCAGCCCAGCUGCCUGCAGGGGCUCCGAUCCCACUCUUUAUUCCACAACAUUUGACGGCUGAGGAAAAGCCAGCUCCAAAUUCACACGGCACUUUCUAAACCAAGAACAAAAUUCCAUCUGUCUGCCUUGGUUCAUUCUCUCAGAGAAUACCAGGACGAGCUGAUUUUGGUGCGGGCAGACAGACAGCUCUUCACUUGGUGCAGUUUGGGGUCCAGGACGUGCCUGGUUGUGUUCCAGGCUGGUGAUUCCCGGGGCUCCCCUCCCAGCCGGGGGUGCGGGGCAGCCCAGGCUCCCGGGGGGUGAGCGCUGGUGGGCCAAGGGCCAGCUCUGUCCGCUGUCCAUCCCUCGGCAGGUGGAUCUGUAGGAAGGGUUGGCUGCCUCUGCCACGGGUGUGAGUUCUCAGCCAGCACUGGGCGGGACGGGAAGCGCGGCCACGGAGCAGUGGGCUCCAGUACAGGGCUGGAAACAGCUGAGACAGGCGCUUACCUUCUAACUCCUCCUUGGACGGCUGAAGAGCUCCGGUCUGCGGCUGUUCCUGCCUCUUUCCUGCGGGAUCCUCUCGCAGCCCAAGAUCUCCCCUGGCUUUGGGUGCUGAAGCGACCGAUCAGCACGCUUGCCCAAAAUGAUGGAAAAUAAAGUGUUCCUGUCUUUCACGUUCUACAGCACAAUUUUGAUUUUAAAAAUGUAUGUCGUUGCCAUCAUAACAGGGCAAGUGAGACUCAGAAAGAAGGCAUUUGCAAACCCAGAGGAUGCCCUGCGCAAUGGGGGGUUGCAGUUCUGCCGCGAAGACCCUGAUGUGGAGCGGUGCCGCAGGGCCCACCGUAAUGACAUGGAGAACAUUUUUCCCUUUCUCUUCCUUGGAGCCAUCUACUCCCUGCUGGAUCCCAGUCCCGCAGUGGCCAGGGUCCAUUUCCUCAUCUUCUGCGUGGGACGGAUCAUCCACACCAUUGCCUACCUCCUGCAGCUGAGGGCACCCACACGCUCUGUGGCCUACAGUGUGGCCCAGCUGCCCUGCUUCUCCAUGGCCCUGCAGAUCCUCCUGGCCACCACCCCGUACUGGUAACAACCAGAGACCGACCACCCAAACCCCCUCAUCCUGACUCUGCUGGACCCCCUGUGAGUGGGAGAGUGAGGGUGGAUGUGUGUGUGUGUGUGUGUGAGAGAGAGAGAGAGAUGUCACCAGGGAGGUCACCUGGACCCUGAGGAUGUUCAGUGCGGCCUUGAUGAAAUUCCACUGUCAUCGGAAUUUUGACAGAGAAAUCACCAGAGGAGGGACAUGCAGGAAGGGGAUGUGGAGCAGGUUUCUCUCCCACCUACUGAGGAUGAGAGGUGGGAAGCACAUGGACUACACCUCGAGGAAGGGGUCAUUGAAGGAAAGGUUUUCUGUUUGGAACUGUGGCGGGGAAGAUGUGCCUUUUCCUCCUGGUCAUGAGUAUCCCAUGAAUCAGGCAGGGAAAAUCAUGAGAGUCCCACAAAGUCUCUUAGCAGAGGUUACAAAGCAGCCACCCUUCUCCUGCCCAACCAUGUGCAUCUGUGGGAAUGUGAGUCAUUUAGGACUUAGUCCCUUAGGUUCCCUCUCCACCAAGGAGGACAGGAGGCCUGUGCCUCCAGACAGCAUAACAGGGAAGUCAAAAUCUCAGAGGUGAUGUUGCAAAGCAUUCAGUGCUCCCAGUGCCACCUCAUCUCGUGCCACAGGACACAGCUCCCUGCCAGGAGCCUCACUGCAACCCUGCUAGCUGCUGGCAACUCCCAGUCAGCAGCACUUGUCCUUUUCCACCACAGCACAAUGCAGAGCGACAUGCCUGGAAAAGCCAGCAGGAAUCCUUUACCCUGGACACAGAGCCUGAACACAUUUGCCGGACACAAAGUUCUGGGGUAUCUGGAAAGUCUAAAAUGCUGGCACAAAACAGAGGGUUUGCAGACAGAAUUUUCUCCCAAAGGGCAGUUUAGUCCAUGUGCCACUAAUACCUGAAAAUGCCCCCAGAGCAUCAGACUGAAUUUCUCCCGCUCUGCUUUUAGCCUUUCUCUGGCCACAGAAUGGCUGUUGCUAUUUGGGAAAUGUGCUGUGAUCGCCGUAGAGGUGUUUUCUUUCAGCUGUUUCCUGCUGUCCACUGCUGCCACACCAUUCACAGCCUGGACCAGCUGGUGUUUGCAGAAAGCUCUGGAAAUGAGCAGAGGGGCUUUGAAGGGAGUAUUGCUGCUCUGCAGUGCCACCCAAACGUGUCAUGUUAGAGAGGAGAGGCCGGGACCAGGGUACUGCAUGGUGACAAAGGCCCAUGAGCUCCUCUGCCACACAGCUGUCCCCAGGUGCCAGGGGCUGCUCCUGGCAGCAGCAGCAAUUGAGCAUCCCUCUGGAGAAGAAGGCAGGAGGAAACCUCUGCUCUUCAGUGUAUCCUCCCUCCUCUGAGGGCACAGAAUUUGAAUUAUAUCACAGGGGCAAGCCAGAAUGAGUAGGAAAUAAAUUUCCCUUCCACCUGUCCUGUCCUGUCCUGUGCACUAAGGCUGUUGCCUUGACUGUGCUCUCCUCAGAGAUGCUCUUGCUGAGACCUCACUGAGCACUGGGGUGAGCACCUGCUCAGAAAUGAUGCUCAGCCUUUGUUCAGCUUGGGUAGAAGUUUCUGUACCAGUAACUCGAUCCCAGUGCAGUUGUGGCCUGAGGCUGAGCUGUGUGGUGAAGUUUGGAGUGGAAUUCUUUGCUCUCCCACUUCGAGGAAGGUGUGCAGGAUUGCAGGUUCAGCAGUUCACUCUUGGCCACUUCUCCUUCACACAGAUGUCUGGGUAACACAGACCCCUCUUAACAAGUCUUUUCUGCCUCACAUGGUGCACAAGGUCUUGAACUCCUCUAUGUUUCUCUGCUGCUACACACGCAUCCUGGUGGCAGGAAGUAAAUAUUCCCAAUAAAAACAAAUCAUUGUGCUCUGAUACAUCCUUCCUUCGGGAGUAGCAGAUGCAGCUGGGCAGCAGCUGGGUCCAGCCCCAGCAGGAUGUUAAACCCCACUGUAGGGCCUGGAGUGCCCUGUGACUUCUAAAGAGACAUCCUUUUCCUCUGCACUCACCUGCCCUGCACAGGAACCUCCUUUCUAGGUGUGCAUUAUUUGUGCUGACCUUUAAAUUCAGCAGAGCUGGGAAUUACAAGCAGUCCUGCUCAGUUUUCCUCCCCUGAUUAGCAAGUUGUUACAAAGCUUGGUGUUCACCCAAAAAUCCUGGAGGGCUGGAGAAGCUCAGGUAAGAUGUGGCUGAUCUUCUUUCUGUUGUUAGGACUCGUAAAGGAGCUGCUUGCAUUUUCCAAGAUAAGUAGCUCUCUUUUUUUUUGCACUAGGUUGCUGGGAGACAAAUGCUUCAUUUCUCUGGUUUUCCCUAUUUUCUUAAGUUGUUGCUGGUUGGGAGUUGCUGCCCUGUCAGUGUCUCUGUUAGUUUCGUAAAAUGGUUCCAACUUGCUUGUUUUCUUUCCCUGUUUGUUUUCAAAUGAGAAAGGCAGUGGUUUUAUAAAAUGGACUCUCUCCAGUACAUGUUGCUGUGGUUGGAGAUGUGGCUGGGAUGGAGAUUUUGGCAUGGGAAGGAAGAAGGGAGGCUACAGAACCCCCUGCCAGCCCCCAAAUCUGCUUCAGCCUCUUCUCAGCUGCCUGUCCAGUGCCUGAGGCUCAUGCCCUACUCAAGGAAGCUGAGGUUACAUGCAAAGCUCUGCUUUCUCCUUUUUUAUUAAAAAAAAAUAAAAAUAAAUAAACUCUGCUUACUGGCUGCAGGGAAAA